CGCCGGAGUCACUCGCGGCUCGCUACGCACCGUCCCCGCGGCAGGGGGACACCCUUAGAAAAACCUGUAUGGGAUCCUAAGAACUUACAGAUGGAUGAUGUACUUACGAUGAUUAAGGUCAACAUGGAUUCGUGGUUCUUUGUCCUCUUGCUUGGAAGUGGCCUGACGUGUCUAGGUGCGCGCAUCACUACCUCAGUGCCACCGUCCAUAGAGCACACCUCCGCCAUGCAUUCCAUGAAAGCCCCUACAUCAGAGCCAGAUGGCAGAAAGGGCACUAGUCCAAACAGUCUGAACGCUAGCUCUCCAACAACCGUAGUUACCAUGGCGCCUGGGCCUACUACCAUGCAAGCCACAGAGCUCCCUCCGAACACCACUGUCAGCUUGCCGGGCAAUGAAAACCGCACCAUGAGGACAACUGUGCCUGCACCUGGGUCCACCUCCAGUCCACCCAGCACCACAUAUUCUGCUGCACAAACAGCUUCAGAAGACGUAAAGACAGUGCCUGCAAUGGGGAACAUCACUAUGGCAGUAACUUCUCCAGAAACCAUUGUCACUUCAGGUGACCCAUCAAAAGGCCCAGGUGAUUCUGAUCAGGAGAGAAGAGAUGAGACUCCAAUUAUAGCUGUAAUGGUGGCCCUAUCUUCCCUGCUAGUCAUAGUAUUUAUAAUUAUUGUGCUGUACAUGUUAAGGUUUAAGAAAUACAAGCAAGCUGGGAGCCAUUCCAACUCAUUUCGCUUGUCCAAUGGCCGAACGGAUGACGCAGAGCCUCAGAGCAUGCCGCUCCUUGCCAGAUCGCCCAGCACCAACAGGAAGUACCCGCCACUGCCUGUGGAUAAAUUGGAAGAGGAGAUUAACCGGCGAAUGGCAGACGACAAUAAGCUCUUCCGGGAAGAAUUCAACGCUCUCCCAGCAUGCCCCAUCCAGGCCACCUGUGAAGCCGCCUCCAAGGAGGAAAACAAAGAGAAGAACAGAUAUGUGAACAUUUUGCCCUAUGAUCAUUCCAGGGUUCAUCUGACUCCCAUCGAAGGUGUCCCGGAUUCUGAUUACAUUAACGCCUCCUUCAUUAAUGGGUACCAAGAAAAAAACAAGUUUAUUGCUGCACAAGGACCAAAAGAAGAAACAGUAAAUGAUUUCUGGAGAAUGAUUUGGGAGCAGAACACAGCGACAAUCGUCAUGGUGACUAAUCUGAAAGAGAGAAAAGAGUGCAAAUGUGCUCAAUACUGGCCAGAUCAGGGCUGCUGGACUUAUGGAAACAUCCGGGUGUCUGUGGAGGAUGUGACUGUCUUGGUUGACUACACAGUGCGAAAGUUCUGCAUUCAACAGGUAGGUGAUGUCACAAACAAAAAGCCUCAGCGCCUGGUGACCCAGUUCCACUUCACCAGCUGGCCUGACUUUGGGGUCCCCUUCACCCCUAUUGGGAUGCUGAAGUUCCUGAAGAAGGUGAAGACGUGUAACCCCCAGUAUGCAGGAGCGAUUGUCGUUCACUGCAGCGCCGGAGUAGGACGCACAGGCACUUUUAUCGUCAUUGAUGCCAUGCUGGACAUGAUGCAUGCAGAGAGGAAGGUGGAUGUGUACGGUUUCGUGAGCCGGAUCCGGGCUCAGCGCUGCCAGAUGGUACAGACAGAUAUGCAAUAUGUGUUUAUAUACCAAGCACUUCUGGAGCACUAUCUGUAUGGAGACACAGAGCUAGAAGUGACCUCGCUAGAGACCCACGUCCAGAAAAUCUACAACAAAGUGCCCGGGACCAGCAGCAACGGGCUAGAGGAGGAGUUCAAGAAACUAACUUCAAUCAAAAUCCAGAAUGACAAGAUGAGAACAGGCAACUUGCCGGCAAACAUGAAGAAAAACAGGGUGCUUCAAAUAAUUCCAUAUGAGUUCAAUCGAGUGAUCAUUCCAGUGAAGAGAGGUGAAGAGAACACCGACUAUGUCAAUGCGUCCUUUAUUGAUGGUUAUCGCCAGAAGGACUCAUACAUUGCUAGCCAGGGACCUCUCCAGCACACAAUAGAGGAUUUCUGGAGGAUGAUCUGGGAGUGGAAAUCCUGCUCUAUAGUUAUGUUAACAGAGCUGGAAGAGAGAGGCCAGGAGAAAUGUGCCCAGUACUGGCCUUCUGAUGGCUCUGUGUCCUAUGGAGACAUCACCAUGGAGCUGAAAAAAGAGGAGGAAUGUGAGAGCUACACAGUGCGGGACCUGCUAGUAACAAACACCAGGGAAAACAAGAGCCGGCAGAUUCGACAGUUCCAUUUCCAUGGCUGGCCGGAAGUUGGAAUCCCUAGUGAUGGGAAAGGAAUGAUCAAUAUCAUUGCAGCUGUGCAGAAACAACAGCAGCAGUCUGGGAACCAUCCAAUCACUGUGCACUGCAGUGCCGGGGCAGGAAGAACAGGAACCUUCUGUGCACUGAGCACUGUCCUGGAAAGGGUUAAAGCCGAGGGGAUUCUGGAUGUCUUUCAGACAGUGAAGAGUUUAAGAUUACAGAGGCCGCAUAUGGUGCAGACACUGGAACAGUACGAAUUCUGCUACAAGGUGGUGCAGGAAUACAUUGACGCCUUCUCAGACUACGCCAACUUCAAGUGAAAAAACAAAACAAAAAGAAACAAAUGACAGAAGAGUUGCCUUCUUUAAUAUUUUGUAAUAUUCUGUUUGUUAAUAUACCCCCCAAAAUAUGUGUAUAUAUCUUAACUGUUUUAGAGAUUGGUACCAUAGGCUUCAUAUUAGCUGGAGAUUUUAUAUGUAGCAAAAGUGUUAGCGCGGAUACUGUUGGCUCCUUUUUUUCCAAUGUUUUAUUGGGGAAUUAAAUAGCGUGAUGUUUGGA